CUCCCAGGAAGUGAUCGUUUGACCUGUCCCCGUGCUCAGGCAGUUCCUUUCCGACUCCACGUGUUUCCGCUGUGGCUGCGAGUGAACAUGGCGGCGGUGUCGGUAGAGCAUGUGUUGGCCCAGGCUGAGAAAGACGAGGCGGAAAAGCUGAAACUGAUCACGGUGCAGAAAGAGCUGGACGUCCAGUUCGACCUGGGCAACAUGCUGGCCAUAGACCCGAACAUGCUGAACACCCGAGCUGUAAACCAGCAGAACCGAGAGCAGUUCCUGCGAUCCCUGGCCCGGGACAACACGCAGCUCCUCAUUAACCAGCUGUGGAACCUGCCCACCGAGCGGGUGGACGAGGCCGUAGUGGUGAAGCUUCCCGAUGCCAGCACACGGUUGCCCAGGGAGAAACCCAUCCCCAAGGCCAAGGCUCCCACCCGCUGGGAAGAGUUCGCCAAACUUAAAGGCAUCCAGAAGAAGAAGAAGACCAACCUGGUGUGGGAUGAAGUGCACAAGAAAUGGAAGAGGCGAUGGGGCUACCAGCGGGCAAAUGAUAACACCAAGGAGUGGCUGAUUGAGGUACCUGUCACCGCAGACCCCAACGCUGACCAGUUCAAGAAAAGGCUGGAUGCCAAGAAAGAGAGAGUAGCUAAGAACGAGCUGAACCGCCUGCGAAAUAUCGCCCGAUCCUCCAAGGGAGGAAAGGUGCCCGGCGUAGGGCUAACUCCUACCGAGCAACCCUCCAAAACGGAGCUAAGCAUGGCUAUGCAUGUGGCCAAGCGCUCUACCGCUUCCGUGGGUCGUUUCCAGGACAAGCUGCCGAAGGAGAAGGAGCAAAGGAACAUGGGCAAAAAGAGAAAGUUUCAACCCCUCAUCGGGGACUUUUCUGCCGAGAAGAACAAGCAGCUGGAGAUCCUCAAGAUUAUGGACAGCAAGAAACCCACGAUGGAUAUCACAAAGGCUGUGAACAGACAGAUGAGGGAAGAAGACUCAGAGGCAGCUGCCAAGAGGCGAAAAUCUUUCAAUAAAGGCAGAGGGGGCAAGCAAGGGGCUAACAGGAAGGGCAAAGGGCCUGGUAAGGGCAAAGGACCUGGCAAAGGGAAAGGACCUGGCAAAAAAGGAAAGGCUCAUGGGGGUAAAUUCGCUGGAGGAAAAAGAAAAUAAGUUCUAAUAUGUUCAUUUCCAAAGAGACUGUCUUCAUGGAGCACAAGAACUGUGACCUAUCCGUCAAUUUACAGUGAAGGGCACUUAUGAUAAAAUAUACUGCCCACUGAGACUUUAUAGAAUUCUCAUCUGUUGAAAUAAUUGUUAAAGGUUAGUCCAUGGUUUUUGAUGGACCAUCAAAGCCCUGAGCUCACAUGCCAUAGAUCUUCUUUAAGUGCCCUUCUGAUUAAGUAUAAUAGAACUUCUAAUUAAAGUAUAUUUAUGUUCUAUUGAAGUUUCACUGCCCCUAUACUUUGUCCAUAAUGAAAUAAUGUGUACGAAACAUAAAGCAUAUGUAUUUUUUUUUUAUUGUUUUGGAGGAAAACUGCACAACUAAAAAAAAUACACAAGGUGCAUGUGCACUACACCAAUCUAGGUGUAGGUAUAAUAUUAAAGAGGUCAUCUAAUUUUUGACUCCUGUUAUAUAUUUUUCAGUCUUUUGUAAAUAGUGAAUUCAGAUAGGAAGACUCUUUCCAUACCAGGGUAAUAUGGUUCAGUUAUGGGCAUUACAUUCUGGCAGAUAGAGGCAGCUGACUAAAGCAAUUCCAACAAGUGCUGUAUGUGUAUAGACUGCCACUUUUCGUGAGCUCUUGUCACUUCCUGGUUUACUGAUAGGUCUUGAAUACACAGCAGAGGCUUAAAAUUUGAGGCAAAUGGGAACCUCAAAUAGGCUUAUUUUGUUUUCAAUGUAUAUUUUUCUAUCUUUUAACCCCUUAAGGACGGAGCCAAAUGUACACGUUGUGAACGAAACAAAAUGUAAACAAAACCUGGCAUUUGCGCUACAUGUCUGUCCAAGCGUAAUUCAACUCUUUCAUAUUAAAUACACCCACCCUUAUUAUAUAUCAUUUUAUUCAGGGGAAACAGGGCUUUCCUUUAAUAUCAAAUAUUUAGCUAUGAAACAAUUUAAUAUGAAAAAAUGGGAGAAAAUAAGAUUUUCUUUUUUUAGUUCUACAUGACAUUUUAACUGUCAAUGUCAUAAUACUGUUUGCUUUUACUGCAAUAAAAUACACAUUUGUAUUCAGAAAAGUCUCACGUGUAAAACCGUACCCCCUAUGUACAGGUUUUAUGGAGUUUUGGGAAGUUACAGGGUCAAAUAUAGCUAUGUGAGGACCUCUAGCAUCGCUCAAUUCCCCAUAGAAAAGCAUUGAAAUUUUUUUUUCAAUGCUUUCCUAUGGGGAGCUCUAAUGCGCAAUGCCGCGCAUGCACAUUAGGUCUCCCCGGCCGGUGGGCGGGAUCAGCGG